CUUAAUUAUCAUAUCUUAAAUUCGCACGGUUAAAGUUGAACCAAGCUGAACCUCAUAAUGGCUGAAGGCGGACCCUGUCCGGAACUAGACUUACACUUACUAGAGUGUCCAAUCUGUCUUGAGCGACUUCGGCAACCGAAGUCCUUACCAUGUCUCCACUGCUUCUGUCAGGAUUGUCUCGGGACCUACAUCAUUAAAGAGUUGUCUGGUAAGAUGGCGUCUGGGACAUCCUUUCCGUGUCCAGUUUGUAGAGGGAUGGCCACGCCUGUCAAUCAAGCGGAAACCAAGGAAAACUGGACUAAACAGUUCCCAACUAAUGGUGUGAUCCAAGAACUGAUCAAGCUUAAGGAACAGUCGUCUGGACCACUGUACUGUACACCUUGUCAAACAAAAGGAAAUCUGUCCAAUCCUGCCAAGUUCUGGUGUAAGAAAAUGGAAUCCGGUUUUUGUGAGACUUGUAAAGUGGAUCACCAUGAUAUCAUACAUAUUGAAUGUGAUAUUUUAGAUAUUAACAGGCACGGCAGACAUAGACUAAAACAGAACACAUCUGUUCCUCACUGUGACCAACACGACGAUAAUAUGGUUUGGUACUGUGAAGAUCACAAACUUCUGGGCUGUAGCAUAUGCGUUUUAGAAGACCAUAGACGUUGUGAAGCAGUCACAACUGCGACGAAAUACAUUCAGAAGCUAAAAUCAGGAUCUCAACUGACAGAUAUGCAGGCAGCACUACAGAAAGGUGCAGAUGUCAUGCACUCUUUAGUGAAGGACUUCGACGAACAGCUCCAAGUCAUGUUAAAGAACCAAGAUAUCGCUCUCCAGAGUAUUACAGAUCUACGCCAAAGGAUCGACAAACGACUUGACGAGCUUCAGAAGGACUGCACAGACAAGUUGAUCGCAUUGUCCAAAUACGAAAAGAGGAAAUUAGACGACUCCCUACGGCAAUGCGAACGUCUAAAGAACAGUAUGCUAAAUACACUGAAGUCGUCCAUUAAAGCUACAGAGGGAAACGAUAACACUGAAACGAUAGUGUUGUAUCAGAGAGGACAGGCUGAAGUGGAGUCGUGUAAGACCCUGGUCAUGGAGAUGAACGAAUCUUUCGCGUCCGUCAGUAUUCACCAUCAGACCGAACCCGAACUUGUAACAUUUGGUAAUGGCGCAAUGGGGAAUAUCGUCAUUGAGAAACCACCACGACGUUUUCCUGAGAGUCAUGGUUACCUAGUUUCACCAAUGUCCGGGCGUCGCGUGAGAGAAGUACAACAGUUUGAUAUAAAAACUACAUCAGAUGAGGACGAUUGUAGAGCAGUUGGCGUUGUGUACCUUCCGUAUAAUCAAAUAGUAGUAAGUGAUCUCAACAACGAAAAGCUGAAGCUGUUUACAGAUAAAGGACAGUACCUCGAUGAGUUGACCAUUCAAGGAAGUCCAUUUGAUAUGUGUUUUGUGAACGACAACACAGUGGCUGUAACAGUUAGCAGCCCUGGUGGUAUCCAUGUUGUGAAAGUCGAAAACUCAAAAAUGUCACUUUCUUCCGAAAUCUGUUUACCAGAUGGUAAACACUGCUGGGGCGUAACCCAUAUCAACGGAAGAUUUGUCGUUUGUACAGACACAGAGGAAUCUGAAGUGUACAGUGUAACACAGGACGGCACCGCUGAGCUGUUACAUCAGUAUAGUGGCAAGUGUUAUUUCCUCUCACAUGACCCAACAAAUGAAGACAUACUGGUCAGCUGCCACACCAGUACCGAUGGGAAAGCUGUGCUGUCCAGACUCGCGGCUGACAAACGUCGCAAGGAUGUGAUGCAAAGAGGUGUCGUGAGUUCAGCUGCAGGAGUAAUCGUUGAUAGGGAGGGCAGCAUCUACGUGUGUGGCUUUGCAUCGGACAACGUCGUGCAAAUGUCUGGGGACGGGACACACGUCAGGGAACUGCUGACGUCAUCAGAUGGAAUAAAGCGCCCAUUCGCAGUAGCUGUUUGUGGUGACAUGUUUGUACUCACUGCAGAUCAGACUAACUACGUCCGCUUGUUUCAGCUUUAUUAAGCUAACUACAACUCGUCUCGAUUACCUAUAGAUCUAUUCACGUACCAGUAAUAUUUUACGGCAUUAUUCACGAUGAACCACUCUAUUAAGAACCAGAGGACCACUCUACCGCGUCCGCCAAAUCCAGGACACCACUCUCGGUACACAUAUCCUCUGUGCAACCCUGAAAUAUGCCAAGAAAAAUCGAAGUCGCUUUACUAAACAAAUUACGGAUGAUACUAGUCGACUAGUCUGAUAUCUGUUAUCAGAUUAAAUGAGUCUUGUAAAAUCCACAGGCUCUGAAGUUGGGUGUUGCUCCUCUGUAUUCUUCAAAGUACAGGUGUCAGCCUAACGAAUGGUCAUGUUUUCUUAUAUGAAACCAAUCCAAAAGCCAACCGCGAGCAUUAGUGUUUGUUAUAACAUAUGUUAAGGGAUGCGGAGAAGUAACGUAUGUCGUGAGAGGAACCAAUCGAUUUCAAAGAUGAUUAUGUAUUUAAAUUCCAGUAGAGUGACAUGUUAUCAAGGAUAGACUGUUCUGAUGUUUACCGUAUCAAUGGUUGGAAUAAUGUACGUAAAAUCUAUAUUGAAGACUUUGUAUAUACGUGUAUAUAGUGUUCUUUUCUGUAAACACCAGGCAUUAUGUGCCUAUCACAAAACUCGGAAACAAGUUUUCGUUAUGGUUUGAUCUAUAGCUUCUUAUAAUAAACUUGUUAACUGUUCUCACUUGAUUAAAAAGCCCGCCGAUGAAUCGUUAAUAAUGUUUGUCGAUAACACAAGGUAAGAGUAAUCAUUUGGCAGGCUCCGUUUGAACUUAGCUUCUGGUUUGACCUUUUUAUUGAAAAAGUAAUAUGGUUAAAAUUGAACAAUAGAGAUUUUCUGAUCGAGAAGUGUAAAACCAGGAAAGAAACAUGCAAAACAAGCGAACAGGACGAACCUUCUGAUAGUAGCGCAAUUUCAUAUGGAAUAUGUAAAAGAUCUUUGUUAUAUUAUUCAAGUAUUUAGAAACACAGAUAACAAAAUGUUAAUGUCAAGAUGCCAGACUAAAUGCACUAUUUUUUAUCGUUUUAAAAUGAAACAUGCCCAACAAAGGACCAAUGGAAGCCUACAUGUUACAUUUGAAGGAUAUUUGCGGUCACCUUUAUCAGAUCUACGAAGAAUGAUCUUUGACACUCCUCGCCCUUUAUUUUCCUUGGCCAUUGGUAGUGAAGCUAAGACUCCUGGUACAAU